AUAGACGGGUGAGGGCGAGUAAGGAACGGAGAGACUUCCAAAGUCUAUAAAACUAGUAAGUACAUCGUAUCCAAUACGGCCAGACACACAUACUUCUACUACCGCCAUAUCCAAUCUCUUUCCCAUACUUCACAACCUACAAUUGCGGAACAAAGAAUUCGAAAAGAAGAAAGCAUUUUUUUUUGUUAGAUCUCCGGCUAAGUCAGAAAUUCAGAAUCCCAGACACAAAAGUGUUUUUGUUUUCCUAUAAUGGGCUUUGAACUGCUGGAUCUUGAUUUUGGGGAUUCGAGUUGAAAUGCAGCCGAAUCUGUUCCCGUUCGGUACCGUUUUGGGAAAUCCAUUCUUGUUCAAUGGCGAUUUGAGCGAGGGGUUCGAGAGCUCUAGGGUUUUCUUCUUGGUCCCGUUCUUGUUGUUCCAAGGAGGCGGGAUGGAUUUGUCCAAGGUGGGUGAGAAGAUUCUGAGCUCGGUUAGGUCCGCCAGAUCACUUGGACUUCUUCCUUCUACUUCUGAUCGCCCCGAGGUUCCUGCCCGUGUUGCAGCAGCAGCAGCUGUUGCUCAUGCUCUUGCGGGAUUGCCUCCGCAUCAGAGGUUUGAUCUGCCAUCAAGUUCAGAAGGGCUGAGAUCGAUAUAUGGAAUCAGACCUUCUGGUCAAGUUGUGGAGGAGUUAGAGGAAGACUUUUAUGGAGAGGACUUCGAUCCAAUUAGGCAUGUUUUAGAAAAUAUUCCAUCUGAUGAAAAUGACCUGGCGUAUUUUGAGAAACAGGCAGCUCUUAGAUUAGCUCAGCUUGAUAAAGUGGCAGAAAGUUUAUCUCAUCAUGUUAUGGAGCAUCAUGAAGUAAUGGUAAAGGGGAUGAAUCUUGUCCGGGAGUUGGAAAAAGACUUGAAGAUUGCGAAUGUCAUCUGCAUGAAUGGAAGAAGACAUCUAAAUUCUUCUAUGAAUGAAGUUUCGAGGGACCUGAUUGUAAAUUCUAAUUCCAAAAAGAAACAAGCUCUUCUGGAUAUGCUUCCAGUUUUAACUGAGCUUCGUCAUGCAGUGGACAUGCAAGUGGCACUUGAAUCUCUUGUUGAGGAAGGAAAUUACUGCAAGGCGUUCCAAGUUCUAUCUGAGUAUUUGCAAAUCUUAGAUAGUUUUUCAGAGCUUUCAGCAAUGCAAGAGAUGAGUCGUGGUGUGGAGGUAUGGCUGGGAAAAACCCUUCAAAAACUGGAUUCACUUUUACUUGGGGUUUGCCAGGAGUUUAAACAGGAGGGCUAUUUGACCGUGGUUGAUGCUUACGCACUAAUUGGGGAUGUAUCUGGUCUUGCUGAAAAGAUACAGAGCUUCUUUAUGCAGGAGGUUCUGUCAGAAACACACUCUGUAUUGAAGAAUAUCGUGCAAGAGGAUCAGGAAGUCAUGGAAAAUACUAGACUUACCUACAGUGAUCUAUGCCUUCGGAUACCCGAAUCUAAGUUUAGGCAGUGUUUGUUAGCAACACUAGCUGUUUUAUUCAAGUUGAUGUGUUCAUAUUAUGAGAUUAUGGGCUUUCAGCUGGACAAUAAGGAUUUGGCAGGUCAAACUUCAAAUACAGAACAGAAGGAAAAGGACAUUUGUUUGAGUUCAGGAGGGGUUCCACAAGUUGAUUCGGAUGCAAGAAAUUCUUUAAAUUCCCAAGAAAUUAAUGGCUCUCUCUUGGAAUCUGUUGAUGGAAAGCCUGGUUCAUCUCCGGAAGAAUCUACGAGCACCAGCUGUUUAGUUGAGACUACCAAAACUAACGUUACGACUAGUUUAGACUCUCAAAAUACAAUUGAUGAGGCUAGGAAGGAUUAUAGUACGGCAUCUAGUAGUGGAUCCCCAUGGUAUCAACUGCGGAAAGAUGCUACAGCAUUUGUUUCACAAACCCUUCAGAGAGGACGCAAGAAUCUUUGGCAACUCACAACUAGUCGUAUAUCUGUAUUGCUUUCUUCUGUUGCUGUUUGCUCUACAAGCAUUCACCAAUUCUUGAAAAAUUAUGAAGAUCUGAAUGUCUUCAUCUUAGCUGGGGAAGCCUUCUGUGGAGUUGAAGCGGUUGAGUUCAGACAGAAGUUGAAGAUUGUUUGUGAAAACUAUUUUGUAGCAUUUCAUCGGCAGAAUAUUUACGCACUUAAAAUGGUUUUGGAAAAGGAAAAUUGGCAAAACUUGCCACCAGAUACGGUACAAGUAAUAAGUUUUCCUGGGCUUCUUGGUGAUGGAGCACCCAUAAUUGUUCCAUCUGCUGGGAACUCUGGUAAUGCCAGGGUGCUUCCUUCCAAUAAAUCAGCAAGCUUGGUUGAUACCAGUUCGAAGCAUGGGUUUUUACAUUGGCUUGAGAGUGGAAAUCCGUUUCUGCAAAAAGCAGCAUACGCUUCCAAAGAAGGCCAUACUUCCCCACUUAAUGGGACUAUCUGCAGUGAAUUUGAUGGAAAUAUAAGUGACAGUUCUCAUGGUGAUAAGUUCUCACCACGAAAGAGUGAUGUAAAUAAAAUCAAUGGCUCUGAAUCUAUUUCCGAGGAUGAAAACGAAGAUCUUCUUGCAGACUUUAUUGAUGAGGACAGUCAACUUCCAAGUCGAAUUUCAAAACCCAAUCUUCCAAGAAGAUACUCUUCACAUUGGAAACACGAAGAGAUAACAGCCCAAACAGGAUCCUCUGUUUGUCUUCUAAGGUCCAUGGAUAAAUAUGCAAGGCUUAUGCAGAAAUUAGAAAUAGUGAAUAUUGAGUUUUUCAAGGGAGUAUGCCAGCUGUUUGGGGUUUUUUUCUAUUUUGUAUUUGAAACAUUUGGUCAGCAAAAUCCCAGCUCAAGUGGAAAAAGCUUAACUGACUCUCUUAAUUAUCGGCUAAAGACAGCCUUAUCCAGAAUAACACAAGAUUGUGAUCAGUGGAUAAAAUACCAGUCCUCUUCACCCACCUCCUUGAACACAUCAUAUACGAAUGCGGAUGUUACAUCUAUGAGUCCAUCCAGUACAAAUUUUGGGCACUUUCCAGGAACAUCUUUCGGUCUCAAGGAAAGAUGUGCAGGUGCUGACAGUUUAUCUCUUGUUGCUCAAGUAUUGCAUAGAUCUAAAGCUCAUCUCCAAUCGAUGCUUCUACAAAAAAAUGGAACUAUAGUUGACGAUUUUUAUGUCCAUCUGGUGGAUGCUGUGCCGUUUCUUGUAGAGCACACACAUAGGACAACUGCAAAACUACUUCUCAACAUGAAUGGGUAUGUUGAUCGGAUUGCCAAUGCUAAAUGGGAAGUGAAAGAGCUUGGUCUAGAGCAUAAUGGGUAUGUUGACUUGUUGCUGGGAGAAUUUAAGCACUAUAAAACCAGACUUGCUCAUGGGGGAAUCCGCAAAGAGGUUCAAGACCACCUCUUAGAGUAUGGAGUUGAGAUCGUUGCCGAAACUCUCAUUGAAGGUCUAUCUCGAGUUAAGCGGUGUACAGAUGAAGGAAGAGCUCUCAUGUCAUUGGAUCUUCAGGUUUUAAUUAAUGGUUUACAGCAUUUUGUGUCUGUAAACGUGAGACCCCAAUUACAGAUGGUUGAGGCCUUCAUCAAGGCUUACUACCUACCUGAAACUGAAUAUGUACACUGGGCACGGGGUCACCCAGAAUACAGUAAAAGCCAAAUCGUUGGGCUGAUCAACCUUGUUGCUACCAUGAAAGGCUGGAAGAGAAAAAACAGGUUGGAUGUACUGGAGAAGAUCGAGUGAGGUGUAGGCUGAGGGUUGUAUAUCUUCAGAUGUCUUGGUGCAUGGAUCAACUUGUUAUAUAUGAUUUAAGAUCUUCCCCUUUUAUGGGAAUAUCAAAUGUAAUUUUGGAUCACAUAAUAGGUGAAAUAAUGAGUUUAUAUUGAAAUAUUCAAGGCUCAAUUCUAUGUUUUCUUGCAAA